CCAUUCCAAUGUAUAUAGAGCUCGUCGCCCUCUCUAAAGGAUAAACAAAAGUCUUUUACAAAAUAAUAAGUGCAGGAAAGAUUGUGUGAGAGAAUAUUACUAGUACAAAUAUUGCCAGUGUGUUAAUUACUCAUCUUUGUUUUCAGUAUCUAGUUUGAACAUCAAUGGAUCAGAUCCAGCACAAGUAUGUUGAUUCAAGGGGUCUCAAGCUUCACUUAGCCGAAAUCGGAACAGGUGAUUCAGUAGUAGUUUUCUUACAUGGAUUUUCUGAGAUUUGGUAUUCAUGGCGGCACCAGAUGAUCGCGGUAGCAAAAGCUGGAUACCGUGCAAUUGCUCCUGAUUUCAGAGGCUAUGGAUUAUCAGAAAUCCCCCAAGAACCUGAAAAGGCUUCCUUCGGUGACCUCAUCAAGGACCCUCUCAACAUCUUUGACUCCUUAUCCAUCUCCAAGGCUUUUAUUGUUGCGAAAGAUUUUGGAGCUCGACCAGGUUACCUGUUCGCAAUUCUACACCCAGAAAGAGUGAGAGGUGUUGUGGCAAUAGGUGUUCCAUUUCUACCUCCAGGUCCUUCACUUGCAUUUGCUGGUCAGCUUCCUGAGGGUUUCUACAUUCGCAGAUGGCAGAAACCAGGAAGGGCUGAAGCGGAUUUUGGACGCUUAGAAGUGAAGAAUGUUAUUCGAAACAUAUACAUUCUCUUUUCGAAGAGUGUGAUACCUAUAGCACCAGAAGAUAAAGAGAUCAUGGACUUGGUAGAUGAAUCUCAUCCACUCCCACCGUGGUUCAGUGAAGAAGAUCUCUCAGCUUAUGCUUCUCUGUAUGAAAAAUCUGGUUUCCGUACUGCAUUGCAAGUUCCAUAUAGGUCAAUUAAUGAGCAGUUUGGUAUAAACAAUCCAAAAGUUGGCGUUCCAGUGUUGGUGAUCAUGGGUGAGAAGGACUACAUUCUCAAGUUUCCAGGGAUGGAACAGUAUAUAUCUAGCGAAAAGGUGAAGGAGUAUGUUCCUGAUAUGGAACUCGUAUCUUUAUCAGAAGGAACCCAUUUUGCUCAGGAGGAAUGAGCUCCUCGUCAAAUUCUUCGGUAAGCACAACCAUGUGUGAUCCUGAUUCGUCUCCGAUCCAACAACUACUGUAGUAAGGUUAAUAAUUGAGAUGAUGGUACCAGAAAACUUGUAAUACUUGCCUAUAAUCUACCAAGUACUUGGGUAUGGCUCUAUUUAGUUUUGAUUGGUGUUGCAGGAUUUGGUUACAACAGCAGAAAGUAUGCAAUAAUAAUAAAAUCAAACAAAAUUAAAAGCACAAAGAAACCAGUUCAACACAAAA